AUGGAAUGGAUGAUUCAAGGCUAUGAAUCAUUCAUCAACGACAAAUCGGAUAAUUUCCCAGAGCCACCCGCUGCAAAAAAACGUCCAAACCAUACAGUACCAUCUGUUGUGUUCUCCCACCAAGAUGGGGAUCCAAUGGAACAUAUUGAAGACUUUGAGCCAGUUUUCAUUCAUAGUGAUGGACAAUUCAAGUCAGUCUUUGUCGAGACGGUUCAAGGUCUUGAAGCAUUAAUUAACACUCAACGUGUGCGCUGA